UAGUACUAAUGGUAUCCUACGCCAGGUGCACUGGUGUAGUGGGGUCCCGUAUUUAUAAGGCGACGGCUUGCAAGCCGGUCACCGGGACGCCGUUCGUAACGCGUAGUGCACUUUGACAUCAUGCGGAUGCUCGUAUUGUUUGCGCUGGUGAGCGUGGCGGCGGCUGCACCAGUGGGAGGUGGACUGCACGGCGGCAUCUCAUACGCAGCUCCCCUGGCAGUGCAUGCAGCACCCCUGGCUUUUCACGCUGCGCCUGUGGUACAUGCCCCUGUCGUACACGCAGUAGCAGCGGAACCAGUUUCUUAUCCGAAGUACGCGUUUAACUACGGAGUCAAAGAUCCCCACACCGGAGAUAUUAAAUCACAACAAGAAGUCAGAGACGGUGAUGUUGUUAAAGGCAGCUACUCACUAGUUGAGCCUGAUGGUUCAACGCGCACAGUAGCAUACUCCGCAGACGACCACACUGGGUUCAACGCGGUUGUACACAAAUCUGGACACGCCGUGCACCCGGUGGCAGUAGCUCCAGUGGCGCACGUAGCGCCAGUAGCUCACGUGGCACCUGUGGCUCAACUGGCACAUUACGCAGCGCCAACAUACGCGUUCUCCCAUUAUGGCGGCCAUUAAAACUACGACCCAAGCAAUAGUGUUACGGAGCGAAAUACUCUUUAGAAUUUUAAAACUAUUAGUUUUAAGUAAAUUAUGGUACACAGGGCUAUGUUAGAUAUAAGAUAGGAUUUGUAAUGAAUGGGAAAAUAUUUUUUGUGUUGUGUCAUUACGAUUUUGAAAUCUUUGAGGACUUUUUGCCAAAGCCCUUUAUAGCAUCUGAAGUACAAGCCAUUGAUAUUUUAUGACUUUCUAUUCUGUUUUCUUCGAAAGAUGUACAUUAAAAAUAUAAAACCUUUUGAUAUUCUAUUUAUGAAUGAUCUCAUAUUGAAAUUGGUAUGUUUGAUUGGAUAAAUUUAAUUUUGGACCUUUCCUUCUGUAUUAAUAAUGUAUGUUUUAUGAAUUAAAUGUUGUAUUUUA